UCAAAAUGUAUAUAAAAGUUAAUAAAUAACACAAUAUUGAUAAAACAUUUUUAACCUGAAGUCAGUCCAUUUUUUUUCUGACUCCACCCAAAACUUCGACUCCAUAGCCCUGGUUGGAGCUGCUCUGUGCCCUGGGAUGAUGAGAGUUGGAGCUAUCUGGAAUGAUAAAGGUUGGAGCUAUCCUGGGAUGAUGAGGGGGUAGGGUUUGCAGGCACCUGUAUAUUGCAGUGUUGUGUACCAGGCUGUCCUGCUCCCUGCCCGGCACCUGUGUACUUUACGUAGAUAAGCUGAUUACUGCGGGUUCAGAGGUCGCGGGUCUAGUUUGUGGGCGGAUUAUCAUCAUCCUUACGGCUGAUAUCAAGCUCCAGUGAUCUGCAGGGAAAGUUUUUAUACUUCCUUUACAGCUUUGGAAUUUUUGUUGUACAGAAUUAUUAUCACAGAAAUGUGUGCCAUCACAUUAUGAUCAGGGCAUCCUGUCUGUUGGGAGCAGCCUGACACCAGCUGCUGGGUCCUGGAUGAGGAGGCUGCACAUAACGGGACACAAUGGCCGAGCCUCACAAAUUACAGAGAAAGAUGUCCCGGACAGGAACCUCCUUGUACAAGGUCCUGGGUUUGGAAAAGGGGGCGUCACAGGAUGACAUAAAGAAGGCUUACCGGAAACUGGCAUUACGGUACCAUCCAGACAAGAACCCCGACAAUCCUGAGGCUGCAGAUAAAUUCAAGGAAAUCAAUAACGCCAACACCACGCUGAGCGAUGAAAACAAGCGCAAGAUCUACGACGAGUACGGCUCCAUGGGCCUAUAUGUGGCCGAGCAGUUCGGGGAGGAAAGCGUCAAGUACUACUUCCUUAUGUCCAAGUGCUGGUUCAAGGGCCUGGUCAUCUGCUGCAGCAUCUUCACAUGUUGCUGUUGCUGCUGCUGUUGUGGUUUUUGCUGUGGUCGGUGUAAACCUUCUGAGGAAGAGGAUGAUUCUUAUAAGUGUGUGAACCCCGAGGACCUGGAGGCCCAGAUCAGGGAGGAGGACGGUGACGUAAUCAACAAGCAGCCAUGUCCAGGAGCCACCGUCUACCCCGAGAAGCAGGAUUUAUAGUGCAGUCCUUGUCCUUUGUAGAACAGCGGUUUUGGACAGGAUUUCCCUUCUUCUGACUUCUGGGGACCCCCAAUUUAGUGCUCUUCUGGAAGGAGGAGAGAGGUGGUUCUACCUGACCCAUAGCACUUUCUGCAGCAUCGCCAGUUCUUCUCCUGGAUGGACAGUCCCAUCACCCUUCUGCUUCUUCCCCCUAACCGCAAGGAGGAAGAGAUGACUUCUCACCAGGAAUGGGAAGACCAAACAUCUCUACCAAAGACUUGUCUGCCAUCCUUCCAUGAAUGAAGCACAGAACUGCUGUGACUCGGGAGCCGGUCUUAGAGCUGUGGCUUCCUAAUGGACAUUUUCCUAGUAGCCCUUUCCGUCCCACCGAUAUGUUGAGAACUUCCUGCAGACUAGCUUGAUAAGGGCUAAUGUACCAAACAAGGGGCAUGAAACGAUCCCACAUCCCUGUUCCACAAGGUGUCCCGCACCUCCUUGGAUCCAAUUCUGGCUGAAGAUUUGAGCAGUGGUUGAGGAGACCCACACGUGGCUGGGUCAUUGUUUGCAUUGAAGGGUUAUAAACGUGAUGCCAAUAACUACCGUGGAACACUGGUGGCGGAGACCCUGUCCUCAUCAUGUUCUGUGUGCAGCUGACCCCCACUACCAGCACACGACAACACUGCACACUGAAUCUGUUCUUUAAAGUAUUGGACUUUUUGUACAGGAUCUUUCUGAUGUUCGCACCUGUGUUUUUUCUUUUUUUUUUGUUUUGUUUUUUAAUCGGCACUUUUUAUGUCGCCUGCACUGGGUGGUUCAUGUCUUACCCGCUCCAGUAUUGCAAGCGAUGCAGCCGGUCAUUCCCUCCCCCAGGAUGACACUUGUGUUGUGUGGAUUCCUGGGUGGCGCGGUGUACGGGAAAACACGUCCUUCACAUUCUCAUGGAUCUGUGGUAUUAUCGUGUCCCGCACAUACGUUACGUCUCGUCUCCUUACCUUUUUAUACUCUUUCACUGUGACUGCGGCAAUCAUCGCUCGGCCGAGCCGGUGGUGAUCUCCGUUCUGUACGGAUGAUUAUAGAAAAUCUUGUGUCGACUUUGCCAAAUGUCUCAUUUUGUCACCAGCACAUGCUGUUGCCAAUGAAUCGGGUUCUUUGGCAGUCGUGCGCCGCUCUGGCUCCAGGUGGGAGAGGACCAUCUCAGUUAUCAUGAAGGUUUAAUAAAAAUGCAAGCGCCCCCUCACCCACCAGA